AGGAAGUGAAAGGGGAAGACAGAGCAGCAGCAGCAGCAGUAGCAGCAGGUCUCCAGGCAGAACAGCCUUCUAACAAAGUGCCAAAUCGAAUCAUCUCAAUCUGCCUCCUCCGCUGACGACACUGUGUUUUUUACACAAAGGGCGACUCUGUUUUUUUACUAGCAUCUGAACCGAGGGGUUGCCAAACCAACGCGAGCUAACGAGUGGAGCCGCAGCUAGGAAGCUAGCUAGCUAACAGCCGUAACGCCUUGUUAGCCUCCGACGCUAGCUGCCCCCUGAACAACAACAGCCUGCCCCGGUGCUCGAGGGUCCUCUCCGCUGUGGUCCAGCUCCAAACUGCUGAAAAAUGACAUCCAGGAAGAAAGUGCUCCUGAAAGUCAUCAUCCUGGGAGAUUCUGGUGUUGGAAAGACCUCCCUCAUGAACCAGUACGUGAACAAGAAGUUCAGUAACCAGUACAAAGCUACAAUAGGAGCAGACUUCCUGACGAAAGAGGUGAUGGUGGACGACCGGCUCGUUACAAUGCAGAUAUGGGACACAGCUGGACAGGAGAGGUUCCAGUCCUUGGGUGUUGCGUUCUACCGUGGAGCAGACUGCUGCGUUCUGGUGUUCGACGUGACCGCACCCAAUACGUUCAAGACCCUCGACAGCUGGAGGGACGAGUUCCUGAUCCAGGCCAGUCCCAGGGAUCCGGAGAACUUCCCCUUUGUGGUGCUAGGCAACAAGAUCGACCUGGAGAAUAGACAGGUAACCACCAAAAGAGCUCAGGCUUGGUGUCAGAGUAAGAACAACAUCCCCUACUUUGAGACCAGUGCCAAAGAAGCCAUAAAUGUAGAACAGGCAUUCCAGACAAUUGCACGUAACGCCCUCAAACAGGAGACAGAAGUGGAGUUGUAUAAUGAAUUCCCAGAGCCCAUAAAACUGGAUAGGAACGACAGAGCAAAACCUUCAGCAGAAAUCUGCAGCUGCUAAAGGACAACUCGGACCAUCUUCUCACUUGGCUUUCUGAACCACCCCGUCACCGGUCACAUCACCUGCACCUUGCUCCGAGGGAAAGUUCUUCCCUGCUGGUCUUCCUUCUUCACAUCUCUGUUCAUUCCAUCAACACAACCCCACACAAAGUACGCUGCACAUGGAUGUACCCACCGCCCACUUAGCACACAAAUUAAUACACUAGCGUACUCGCUGCAAAAUCCAUUGCUCAAAGAUCACAUGAAAAGAAUGACACCCCAUUUGACCUCACGGUCCCUGACUUGAUAGCGAGUGAUCUCCAAUUGUCUGCCCCUGAUUCUCACACACAGGGGUCCGAGGGAGCUAUGUUUAAACACUGCAAUUGGGAACUCUGGAUGGACUGGCUGAUGCUCUGUAGUGUGAGACGAUGUUGGCUAGUGUCGGCAUUCCAAGUAUCUUAUUCUCACCGUCUGUUUUCUAUUUGCUUUAUAUUGCCUGUCUUUCAACAAAUUAUAUUUGUGUGUGUAUAUAUAUAUAUAUAUAUAUAUAUAUAUAUAUAUAUAUAUAUAUAUAUAUAUAUAUAUAUUUUUUUUUCCUCAAUUGGCUGAUAAUAUUUCUGAAGCCAAUCUGAAAUAUACUUUUUUUUUUUUUUGCACUUUCUAUUAUGUUCUUGUCUUUUAAAUGUUAUAGUGGGAUGACUGAUUUUGGGCAACGUCGGCUACACACCUUCAAAUGAUCCCUGUUCAUUCUCCUUCUAAUACACAUUGAGAAUCAGUUUGGUGAUUGUUUUGCCUUGUCAAGGUUUGUGGGUUUACACCGGCCUCACCGAGCGGAAAUAUUCCUGAGAAGACAUGUUGAAGCUAAUGAUGCAGUCACAGUGUAAAACAUGGAUUAAUUCUUAAUAUAUUAAUAUUUGCCUUUUAUGUAACAUUACCUGUACCGCUUCUAUUACUGCUGUGUGUUUACGUCCUUCAUCAGACAUCUUUCAAUGCUAUGGAAUUACAGUACGUGUCACCAACACACACAGACACACAUACAUCUGCCUCUGUCGUCUUUAUUAUCGCUGUUCUCUCUAUCUGCUUGUAGCUCAGGUCGGCUAAGUACUUAAUAUUUUUAAUGGAUUGUGUAUUACGGUGUAUAGACAAUAAUGGUAAAAGGCUGAUGGACUGAACAGAAAUCGAUGUUCUCUCUCCAUUUAAAGAAAAAAAAAUCCAACGUUUUGCCCUGCUAUUACUCCUUAUAGAGGAUGCUCACUUCGAUGCCAAUGAUGUAGUCAAACUAAAUUGGGAUGUCAAAUAAUAAAACUCUUGAAUAUA